GUGGCAAAGCUGUGACCUUUUCUUCUGUUUUCUUCGCUGACAAUCUCAUUCAUUCAUUCAUUUUUCACUUUCUUUUCUUCUCUGCGCCCUCUGCAACCCAAAAAGCUGCUUCUGAUUCUCUUUCCGCUUCUCCAUUCCCCAAAACCAAACACCUUCUUCUUGAUUCAUCAGCUUUUCUAUUUCUUUCCCUGCUUCCUUUUCCCCCUUUUUUUUUUAUUUUGUUUUCUUUUCUUCUCUGUCUCAUUGUGUAUCUAAACAGAACUUCAUGUUAUUCUCCCAUUGAUGUAAAAUUUUGAGCUUUGUAAUUUCCUUUCGUUUUCUCUUUUGGCUGCGCUUUUGUUAAAGAGCUUCUGUUUAAUUUGAUUAAACAGAAGCUCUUUUGUUGUGUUUUUAAUUUUAUUCUUGUAUUUUGUUUGUGUUGAUCUCUCUUCGGAGAGUAAUUUAAGAGAAAAAAAAGAAAAACAAGGAGCUUAGGUUGAAGCUCUGGAUCUGAAUUGUGAUGGAGGAAGAAAAGCAGAAGAUUCAAAACCGUGUUGUUGUUGUUGACGAUGCAGUUGAGUUGAAGUGCAGCUACAUGCAGAAGUUCAGGCUCUAUGAAACUCGCUCGAACUUUUAUAUGAUCGAAGCAGAACCUCAUGGGGUCUUGAAGAUUGACAGAUUGGAUCCAACAGAACUAAACAUCACUGAAGAUUUGACAGUGUACUCAGAAAUUGAGUGUUGUGACCUUCUAAGGCGCAUACACGAAGGAAACAAGUCAACAGGGGGACUGAAGUUUGUUACAACUUGUUAUGGAAUCAUUGGAUUUGUCAAAUUUCUUGAGCCAUACUACAUGCUUCUCAUAACAAAGCGAAGGAAAAUUGGCACAAUAUGUGGGCACACUAUAUAUGGUAUCGCAAAGAGCGAAAUGGUUCCAAUCCCACAUCCUACUGUGCGAUCCAAAAUGGCAUAUUCUAAGGAUGAAAACAGAUACAAGAAGCUUCUGUGCAGUGUGGAUCUUACGAAGGACUUCUUUUUCAGCUACUCAUACAAUGUCAUGUUUAGUCUUCAAAGGAACUUAACUGAUCAUAAUACAACAGGACAGUCACUUUAUGAAACACUGUUUGUUUGGAAUGAGUUUUUGACUCGUGGAGUCAGGAAUAAUCUCCAGAAUGCUUCCUGGACAGUUGCCUUAGUUUAUGGCUUUUUUAAACAGGUCAAACUUUCUAUUUCUGGCAGGGAUUUUCACUUGACUAUCAUUGCUAGGCGCUCGCGGCACUAUGCUGGGACAAGAUAUCUAAAACGAGGAGUGAAUGAAAAGGGAAGAGUUGCUAAUGAUGUUGAGACAGAGCAGAUAGUUUUUGCAGAUGCCCGUGAUGGAAGCCCGAUGAAAAUAAGUUCCGUGGUGCAGAUCCGGGGUUCAAUCCCUCUGUUCUGGUCUCAAGAAGCCUCUCCAUUGAACAUAAAACCUGACAUUAUAUUAUCAAAGAAGGACAACACCUUUGAAGCCACAAGGCUUCAUUUUGAAAAUCUUGUUAAGAGAUAUGGAAAUCCAAUUAUCAUAUUGAACUUGAUUAAGACACAUGAGAAGAAGCCACGAGAAACUAUUCUGCGAGCCGAGUUUGCUAAUGCUGUUAGGUCUAUCAACAAAAAUAUGAAAGGGGAAAAUCGACUGAGGUUCCUCCAUUGGGAUUUGCAUCGACACUCAAGACGCAGCAAAGCUACUAAUGUGUUGACCCAACUGGGGAAAGUGGCUGCAUAUGCGUUGAAGCUGACUGGUGUCUUCUACUGUUCCCUGACACCAAACUUGACACCAGAGGGACUGUUCCAAUAUUCCUUCACAGGGAAUAAGAAUUCCAUUGGUAACUCUCUGACAAAACAAGCUAGCAUGGACAAGGAUGUUGAUAGGGAAGCAGAAGUUAAUAAUUGUUACUAUAGUGGUGAUGAGAACAAAGAGUACAGUGUCAGACCCGAGAUGCUUCAAGCUGGGGUCUUAAGAACGAAUUGCAUAGACUGCUUGGAUCGUACUAAUGUUGCUCAAUAUGCUUAUGGACUAACUGCACUUGGACGCCAGCUGCAAGUUUUAGAAUUCAGUGAAUCCCCAUAUAUUGAUCUUGAUAACUCUUUGGCGAAGGAAUUAAUGGCAGUCUAUGAGUCCAUGGGUGACACAUUAGCUUUUCAAUAUGGGGGCUCUGCAGCGCAUAAUAAGAUAUUUUCUGAGAGAAGAGGUCAAUGGAAGGCGGCAACACAAUCCCAAGAAUUUCUUCGAACUCUGCAGCGCUAUUACAACAACACAUAUGCCGAUGGUGAUAAACAAAAAGCAAUCAACAUAUUUUUGGGGCAUUUUCAGCCACACCAGGGAAAACCGGCAUUGUGGGAGCUAGAUUCAGAUCAACAUCUCACUGUUGGAAAGCGUGGUGCAUUCCCGGAAGAUGAAAAUGUCAGGCCAACUAUUAGACGAUCACUUUCCGAUGGUAACAUUAAGGACAGCACAAUUAGGGACUUGAAUGUCACAAAUUGUCAGCAGUCGUCUAACAUACCUGACAAGCAUCGUCAUUCAGAGUCCACCCCAGACAUCUUUACCUGUGGAAGUGCUAUAUGUCAUUGCAGGCUUAUAUAUGGGGGAAUGGUCAAGGACCAGUAUUGCGACACUGAUCACAUUUGUUAUGAUGAACAUGGAGACUGCUCCAACUUCGUAGAUUUGGACUGGCUUUCAUCUUCUGGAAACUCUUGUGAAGAGGAAUUACUUGAAAGGUCAACCAGCAUCUCAUCAGAGAAUAUUGUUAAUGAGCUAAGAACUGAGAUAAAUACAUCUGCUAGUGACUCUGGAUCCAGCAUGAAGGGGAGGCAGAGUGUGGAAGAGCUCCAUAAACAAGGCAAAUAUUCUGAAAGCUUUGAACGAUGGGUAAAUUAUGGAGAGAUGCUUGUUUGAGACCACUGAUGUCAUUAGUCAUGACCUCCAUCAUCCCCAUCCGAAGGAUGUGGGUUCUUGACUUUGCUGUACAGAAAAAAAAUAAAAAUAAAGGGUAAGAUAUCAUCCUAAAGAAUAAUAUAUAAUAUAGAAGUGACAACAGCUGAGAGAAGCUGAUUUUUUUGAAAGGGCACUUUGGUAGCAAUUUCUAUAAUUUUUAGUUUUUUACCUAAAAUGGAGCGUCUAUGUGGGAGGUAAAUGUAGAUGUCAAUAGGUAAAUUCAUUUUUCUACCUUCCAUUAAGUCCUGUUAGGUGCAUAUUCCUGGGAUAAUCAUGGAACCGUGUAUAUAAAUUUUCAUUUUUCAAAAUUAAAGAGAGAAACAUGAUAGAUUAUGCUCGGAUUA